CGCAGGACCGGACUCGGCCCCGGAGUGGCCAAGCGGAGCGCGGCCGGCAGAACGCAGGGCGGCGGCGCGAUGGCUCCGGUCGUGGACCUCGAAGGUUACUGGGGUCCCCCGACUUCCACGCUGGACUGGUGCGAGGAGAACUACGUUGUGACCCGGUUCAUCGCCGAAUUCUGGAAUACAGUGAGUAACCUGAUUAUGAUCAUACCUCCACUUUUUGGUGCAGUUCAGACUAUUAGAGAUGGAUUGGAAAAGCGGUACAUUGCUGCUUAUUUAACACUUACAGUGGUAGGAAUGGGAUCCUGGUGCUUCCACAUGACUCUGAAAUAUGAAAUGCAGCUGUUGGAUGAACUCCCAAUGAUUUACAGCUGCUGUAUAUUCGUGUACUGCAUGUUUGAAUGUUUCAAGAUGAAGAACUCAGUAAAUUACCAUCUGCUUUUUACCUUAGUUCUAUUCAGUUUAAUAGUAACCACAGUUUACCUUAAGGUCAAGGAGCCUAUUUUCCACCAGGUCAUGUAUGGAAUGUUGGUCUUUACUUUAGUACUUCGAUCUAUUUAUAUUGUUACAUGGGUAUACCCCUGGCUUAGAGGGCUGGGUUAUACGUCGUUGGGUAUAUUUUUAUUGGGAUUUUUACUUUGGAACAUAGAUAACAUCUUUUGUUAUUCAUUGAGGAACUUUAGAAAGAAGCUGCCACCUAUUCUUGGCGUUAGCACACAGUUUCAUGCAUGGUGGCAUAUUUUAACAGGACUUGGUUCUUAUCUCCACAUCCUUUUCAGUUUAUAUACAAGAACACUUUACCUGAGAUAUAGGCCAAAAGUAAAGUUUCUCUUCGGAAUAUGGCCAAUGAUUGUGCUUGAGCGUCUCAGGAAUCACUGAUGAAUUAUUUUACCAAGGG